AGCUGUGUGUUUCAGAGAGGAGCCGACCAACGGCUGGCACCGAGCAGAGGCCAUCCGGCUGGAGCAGGACAUCUUCACCGCUUUGGCCGGACACAACAAACUCUACGUAUACAAGACACUGAGCUUCUGGAGCCAGAUUAAGUCUGCAGGAUCUGCGAUUUAUGCGAGUCGACUGUACCUGAACCAGUAUCACACAACUCACCCUGAACGACUGGCGUCUGACACGGAGGGAGGGCCCAAAAUCAGAGGUAACGUCUACAUUCAUCCAACUGCCAACAUCGACCCCACAGCUACGCUGGGUCCAAAUGUGUCCAUUGGAACUGGAGUGAGUAUCGGCGCGGGGGUCCGAGUGCGUGAAUCCAUCAUCCUUCAUGGUGCUACUCUACAGGAUCACUGCUGUGUUUUGAACAGCAUCGUGGGAUGGGACAGCACCAUCGGCAAGUGGGCCAGAGUGGAGGGGACCCCCAGUGACCCCAACCCCAAUGAUCCAUAUGCAAAGAUUGACAGUGAGACCCUCUUCAGAGAUGGAAAACUCACACCCUCCAUUACUAUUCUGGGUUGUAACGUCAGCAUCCCGUCAGAGGUGAUUAUCCUGAACUCCAUCGUCCUCCCACACAAAGACCUGAACCGCAGCUUCAAAAACCAGAUCAUCCUGUAGUGGACCUGGACCCCCGCACCGUCACCCAUGGACCUGUAGUGGACCUGGACCCCCGCACCGUCACCCAUGGACCUGUAGUGGACCUGGACCCCCGCACCGUCACCCAUGGACCUGUAGUGGACCUGGACCUCAUGGACCAUGCACUCAGAGACACUGGGUCCAGGACGUCCAAACAUCUGGGACGUUCACUGAACAGCUGUGACAGACGGGUGUGUGUGUGUGUGUGUGUGUGUGUGUGUGCGUGCGUGCGUGCGUGCGUGUGUGUGUCGGCGGUACCAGACUGAAGCUCAUCACAGCUGUUCUGUCAUCGUCCACAGGUUUAUGUGGUUUUAAUACCAGCUGUAAAAUGACGUCACACACCAGUUUAAUGUAAGUGCUUGGAUGGAAUGCGGUGGAAAAUGAACCCUCUACGUCACAGGUGUCAAACAUGCGGCCCGGGGACCAAAACCAGCCCUCCAAAGGAUACAAUUUGGCCCAUGGGAUGAAUGUGUGAAAUGCCAAAGUUACAGAUAUGAACAGUCAAGGAUGUUG